AGUAAAAAGGAAUAUUUUUAUUUAUUUAUUUUAUUUUAUUUGUCAUAACAGCAUACAUAAGCAUAAGCAUGAAGUAACAAUACAACAUAUAAGCAUAUAUAUGAGUAUAAGCAUGUAAUAACGAUAUAAAUUGGAUAUAAUGAAAGGACUCAGUAGGACAGGGACGGUAGGCACGCAGAUGCCCCUUACAGACCUCUUAGGAAUGGAGUGAGGUCAACAGCAGACAGUUUAAGCUUAAAGUUUUGGGGGUUUGAGAAAGAAACGUUUGGGGAACUUGGAUGCGUGCGUGCGUGUGUUGUAGCGCAGCCCUUUUGCAAGGUUCCAGUCGGGGGAAGGAGAUUAUACAGAAUUGCAGCCGCGACGUGUAGUUAGUUGAAUGCACUCCUUACUCCUUUGAGUUCGCUCCUGUCUAGGGGACGCUAUCCCGAGAAUUAGUUCCUUCACCCCAUAUUUUGCUUCAUAGCGGGAUGGGGUGGGGUGUGUGUGGGGGUUUCUCUUUAAAAGAAAGGAAAAAGGAAACUUUCCCUCCUUUUAAGUAAGUCCACGCAGGUACUCCAUCCACGGAUCCCAAAACUUCCUUGCCACGCGGGCGUCUUUCUUUGCACGGCGCUUGCUAAAACAGCAGAGACACCCGAGUCUCGGACUCGCCGGAUCCUUUUCGUGGACAAAGAGACGGGCACCAUUGCUAUAAGCAGCCCUUCCCGAAAAGCCAAACUCGGAGCAAAAGUGAGCACUCCGCUGGGAUUCGGAUUCCACGCAAGCCUCGCUUGGCUCCGGGCAGGAAACGCUUCCUCUCACGGCUUCGCUGCUCCUCAGUGCUCAUGUGCGGGCCCUCGAAGGGAAGGCGGCCGAGGGAAAGGUUUCGCACAUGCUCAGAAGGGUCGAGUCGCCGUCCCUCCGGGCUGGGGCGGCUGGCAGCGUCAGGCGAGGCGGCCGCCUCGGGAGCGGAUGCCCCCCUCGCGUUGUCAUGCCGACUCCUCGCCGCUGCCAUCCUUCAAGCCCGUGUGAGAGAGCUGCUGGCGGCGGCGGCGGCUGAGGCAAAUGCCGGAGGAGCCCCCAGUCAAGUCCUCAGCCUCGGCUGCCGCGGCUCUGAGCGGCGCUUCGCGGCUUCUGCUUCUUUAACAAAAGGAUUCGGCGGCAAGAAAGGUGGGAGAAGCAGGACGCCGCGCGCUGGGCGGCCAGAGGCAGCAGCAGCAGCAACAGCAACAACCCCCGGGCAUCCCACCCUCCUCGGACUAUUGUUGCAGCGAGCGAGAGGAAAAGAGGGGUGGGAUUGUCCGGGAGAUGGAAGAUGGAAGAAAGCGACGAUGGGGGAGAAACAUUUGUUUGGGUUAAUGGUGCAUCAGCUCACUCCCAGACUGUUGCCAAGGCCAAAUAUGACUUUUUAUUUGGCGGAUCAGAAAAUGAAACUACUUCAGAAUCUGGUAGCCAUGGAGGUAGUGUUCUUCUCCCACAAACCAUCAAUGAAUUCCCGGAAUACGGGUCUGUAGAAGCCCAGACGCUGGAGAAAUCAUCUGAGAUUCAUGGGGAAGACAAAACAAGUGUUUUGGAUGGACAUCUGAGUGAUCAGAUGCUCUGCGAACCUUAUGAAAAUGGCAGUUCUGGUGAUGGAAUGGAAACGGCUUCUGAAACAUUGCAAAGCCUGUCCAAAGAGGAAAAACACUCCCAGUUUCUGGAUGGACAGAGUGAGGUUUCUCAAGAUUUAGAACCAGAAAAGGCCAGGGAUGAAGGCAGUAAAGUUCCUGGUUCAGAGAUGCAAAUGGAAAGUGAGAGGAGGACUGGGACAGCAGUUGAAGAGGCAGCCAGGGAGAAGGUUCUUGCAGGCCAGGAAAAGCCUUCAGAAAUGCCUCUUCCAUCUGAGAUAAUAGCAGAAAGGAAAUUGUACUGGAUCACAGAGGAAGACUCUAUGAUCUUAACCAUGGAAGUUCAGCCUGCGACCUUGCCAACGUCUGGUGGUGGAACUGAGGAAGCCCAGAAAAUAUGCGAAAGGAGUAGUCACAUGCCUUUGGCUGGUCCAAAGGAUGAAAACCUGGGCAUUGGUGGUGUCGGAGAUGCUUGGGCAGAAUUUGAGCGGGAGUUUGCCAUGGGUGAUACAGAGAAAGCAGAACCGUUCCCCGAGAGGAGGAUAUCAAAAGAGACAGCAAUGAACAAACAUGUGGAAUUUCAAGGGGUAGAAAUUCUUUGGAUACAAAAAGCCGAGGAACAGAAAGAAAAAGGGCACUCUGAAAUAGAGAGUGUAGAAAGGAGAACUUUCUCCAACUUGUCAAACCAUCACACAUCACACAUUCCUUCCACAGGAUUCAUUGGCUUGCCUGAUCGCCCUUGGAAUGUAUCCUGGAAAAACCUCAAAUCAGAGACAACCUCGACAAAAGGUGAAGAAGAUGAAGUUGCUGGAACUAAAGAAAAGGAUUGGGCUCAGGAAGGAAAGUCUGGGCCAGACAAGGACAGGCUAAUGGAGGAGGAAGAAGGGCUCAGUGGGAGAAUGGAAGAUGUCCUUGGGCAACUCUCUGAAAUCUCAACAGAUGUGUACAGCUCCCAGUUUGAAAGCAUUCUGGACAAUGCAUCUUUAUAUUACAGUGCCGAGUCACUAGAAACGUUAUAUUCUGAGCCUGACAGCUACUUCAGCUUUGAAAUGCCACUCACUCCAAUGAUCCAGCAACGUAUCAAAGAAGACGCUCAGUUUUUAGAAAGGACUCCCGGAGGGGUGAUGAGAAAGGACUCUUGCAAUGGAGUCGCCAAUGGACUCGGAGAGGUUAAAGAGUCGGACCUCGCUGCAGCUUGUCCUUCGGAAAGCAAUGCAAGACUGGAAUGUACUACAUCAUUAGAUGCCACAGGGGAUAUGGGCAGCCAUGAUAUUCUGGAAAAAGAAGGACAUGAAAACCUGAGCCAUGACUUCAUCAAUGGUACGACCAGUGGCAAUGUGGAGGCUGCGCGGAGGCUGGCAAAGCGCCUCUAUCAUCUGGAUAGAUUCAAACGAUCUGAUGUGGCAAAGCAUUUGGGGAAAAACAACGAGUUUAGUAAGCUUGUAGCUGAAGAGUACCUCAAGUUCUUUGAUUUCACGGAUAUGUCUUUGGAUUACUCUCUCAGGACAUUUUUUAAAGCCUUUUCCCUCAUCGGAGAAACUCAGGAAAGAGAGAGAGUUCUAAUUCAUUUCUCCAGCAGAUACCACCAAUGCAACCCCAGUGCUAUUUCCACACAAGAUGGAGUCCAUUGCCUCACAUGUGCAAUGAUGCUGCUUAACACUGACCUUCACGGCCAUAACAUUGGCAAAAAGAUGUCCUGUCAAGAAUUCAUCGCAAACCUUCAAGGAAUGAAUGAGGGUGCAGAUUUCCCAAGAGAACUCCUGAAGGCUCUUUACAACUCAAUCAAAAACGAAAAGCUUGAGUGGGCAGUAGAUGAGGAGGAGAAGAAAAAAUCCCCUUCUGAUGGCACUGAUGAGAAGGAUAAUGGAAACCAGUCCAAGUCUGUCAGUCGCAUCGGCAAUUCCAAUAACCCCUUCCUGGAUAUUCCGCAUGAUCCCAAUGCUGCUGUGUACAAGACCGGAUUCCUGGCACGUAAAAUCCAUGCUGAUAUGGAUGGAAAGAAGACUCCACGAGGAAAAAGAGGAUGGAAAACCUUUUAUGCUGUCCUUAAAGGAACUGUGCUUUAUUUGCAGAAGGAUGAAUACAAACCAGAGAAGGCUUUAUCAGAGGACGACCUUAAGAAUGCCGUCAGCGUGCACCAUGCGCUAGCAUCAAAGGCGACCGACUACGAGAAGAAGCCAAAUGUCCUGAAACUGAAGACAGCUGACUGGAGAGUGUUGCUUUUUCAAGCUCAGAGCCCUGAAGAAAUGGAGUCCUGGAUCAAUAAGAUCAAUUCUGUGGCAGCCGUUUUUUCUGCCCCACCGUUUCCAGCUGCAAUUGGAUCCCAGAAGAAAUUCAGCCGCCCUCUCUUACCUGCCUCCACCACCAAAUUAUCUCAGGAUGACCAGCUAAAAUCCCACGAGAACAAACUGAAGCAGGUCUCUACUGAACUAGCCGAACAUCGUUCCUACCCACCGGAUAAGAAACUUAAGGGCAAGGAGAUUGAAGACUACAAGUUGAAAGACCAUUAUCUGGAGUUUGAGAAAACCCGUUAUGAAAUCUAUGUGUCUCUUCUCAAAGAUGGAGCAGGAAAGAAGUUGCUGAGUACCAGUGAGAUUGAUGGUCCUGGACUGAAGAAAUGCCACUCCAGCCCUUCAUUAAAUCAGGAGUCUCCUGUCUGUGCCAAGGUGAAGCGCAACGUCUCUGAGAGGAAGGACUAUCGACCAGAAACUCCUAGCAUCAAGCAGAAGGUUACUUAAGGAAACUAAGGCAGGCUGGAGGAUCACGCGCCACUCUCUCUUUGAUAACCUGUCCUUUGCGAAACAAACAAAAAUUAACACAUCUGCCUGAAUGGGUGUUAGUGACAUUUUUCAGUUGUAAAUUUUGUUGUUUCUGUACAGGUUGUUGGAAAUGUUUUGGCUUCUAACUUGCAUUUGCCUAGUUAAGUUAUCAUAGAGCAAUUGAUCCAGUCCUCCUUUUUAAAAAGAAAAAAAAAAUAAGAAAAGAAAUGGGAGAAAAAAAUUGGAAUGUGACAGGAGAGAUUUCAUGGUAUAUUUAUCUCUCUGUCAUAUGUUGGUCUUCUUUUGUUGGCUUGUAAUUUUCAUCCGAACUGCUGCUGCUGUUCAGCCGAGGGGGAAUGAUGAGACAAAUGGAGGCUUAUCAACUUGUUAAGCCUUGUCAGUGGAUAAGCUAAGAUGUAAAAGAGACUGGGUAAAAAAUGUUCAAGUGUUGCCAAGCUCGGUAGCAACACGUUGUGGAAGAUAUGCCAAUAACUAGAUUAUUGAUCGAUCAAUCAUUGUGAUCUCUGAGUCCAAACUUUAUAAGUUACCAAGUUAAUAUUUUGGAUAUAGAAACAGAUGAAGACCUUCAGUGAAUAGAAAUGAUUUCAACUGAAACAGGUCUUAUUUUUUCAUGUCCCUGGGUGGAAACUUUCUAUCAUAACCUUCUCUGUUUUAUCUGCACAUAGUGCUACACUAAUGAUUCUCAACAGCAAAUAAUCAUAUAUUCGUUGUACUGAUAGCAGUAGCGUGUAAUGUUUUUGUUCAAUUGGCAUUAUGAUCCUCCUUCGGAUAUUUAAGUAUUUUCAGGCACUUUAUAAACUAGUUGAUCAAAAUCUGGUAUCAUUCCAGUCCCCAUUUGCUAACCAACAGGUCCCCUAUGCUGUGGAAUUGCCCGACAGAGAUGUCUGUCUAUCCCCAUAUCCAUACUGUAUUUCCUGAUUUUUAAAAAAAAAAAUGGCCCAAGAACUCUCUCAUUAUUACAGUUCCUAGACUGGUCUCAUUUCCGUUGCAGAGGAGGGAAUUACAUCUGACUCUUUCCUGGGGAUGUAAAACGUCCCGCAGUGCAAACCAAAGAGAAAAGGAACAACCAGAACAAUGGAGGUUUAAGUUAUAAUCAGAAGCCUUUGAAAAAGACUUUCUGGGGAAUAAGAAGUUUUGAAAAUUGUUGAAGGGCACCUUGUGAAACCCAGAAAUGGCAGCUCGAAGACAAGAACACAUGUUCUAGUGGGAUAUUAUUUUCUAGGUGGGGGUUUGUACAUUUUUGCCCACUUUUAUUUUUUUAAAGAGGCUAAAUUGUAUUAAAAAAAGUCCCGUCCCCUAGGCUCUGUCAGGUUGGGAGAUAAGAAAACAACAGGGUGACACAAGUGAAAGCAAUGAAUUAGGCUCCUAAAUUUAGAAUACUAAAUAAAAGCUGUCAGUAGUCAGGACAUUCUUUAUAAGUGCAAUUAAGGUAUUGUUCUACUUCAGUACUGGUAACGUGCGGCUGUUUAGAUGCCGCAAAUAUUACAGUUCCCAGCAUCAAUCGCUAUUAGACCUGCUACACCUGCUAAAGAAGUUACAUAUCAGAUGUUCAUUAAGAUAGGACUCUUAACCACCUGUACCUUCAUAAGAAAAUUUCCUUCAUUUUUUUCAGUCAUGAGUUAUCAUUGUAUGUCAUGAAUACUAAAUUGAUAUUUAGGGUACUGGAUAAGUUGCUAAUGCCUGCCAAAGAAAGACUCGCAAAGAGUGUCACAUGGUUUCAACAAGAGUUCAGAAAAGCCAGUGAACUCUCAGCCUUGCUAAACGAAAAGAGAUUGCAGUAAAAUGAUGGCACCGAUUUGCAUCUUUUAAAAAAGUGUGUGGGGGGGUUGUAUUAGUUCAAUGUAUGCUUUGUACUAGUGGAGUACAGGGGACGAAAUGAAGAGGCUGUAAAAAAAAUGUUUGGGAAGAAGACCUUGGUAAGACUGGAGAGAGAUAUACAUGAGAAAGGUUAAACUCAUCCCUUAAAACAGAGAAACUUUUUUUUCCUCUACACAUGGGUGAGACGGUGAUACUAUAUUAAGGUUGUAUAUGGCAUUUUCAUAGCUAAAGUAGACUAAAUUGAAUUAUUCAAGAGCCUUCCAGGUUGGUUGACCGUUAGCCUCCACGUCUAUUUGUUGAGUGUUACCGAUGGUGUUUGCAAACAAUAGGAUAGCAGGGUUUUUUUAGAUUUGCAUUUUGGAAUGACUACAGCAUGGUAGGAAUUAUCAGGUGUGUAUGUGAUGUAACUCCUUCCAUUAAAAUACAGAAUUUGUGGUUGGAUUCACUCGGUUGCGCUAAGCUGUUCUUUGUUUUAACCAAACUUCAUUGUACAGACCACAAUAGCUAGAUUUGCCAGUAUACUGAGCCAAAGUCAAAUGAAAUGCACCCUGGCAUAGAACAGUGUGUGAACCCAUCUACAUAGUGACUCAUUCAAUAUUUGUUCAUAUAAAGAUGCACUUUGGAAAAAUGAUCAAUGGGGAAACAGUGGCUGUUCUUUCUUUCUCUUGCAGAGCAACAAGCUCUGUAAGAUUUUGGAGUAACCCAUGUGGCAGCCAGGCAACAGCCUACAUAUAUUCCGCUCAACUAGUAGAGUCCGUGCCAAUGAGUAACAUGGACUUUCUGAUGACCUAGUACAAGCUUGGUCAAGAUUGCAUACAGAGACUGGAGAGGGUAUUAAAUUUUCUUCCCUUGACCUCCUGGAGGGAAAAGCAGGAUAUAAAGCUAACAAAUAAAUAAAUACAGAAGAGCAUUCCCUCCAACUGCAAAACCUCUCCUCUCCCCUUAGCAUACUAGGUACUUUUCCAUUUGUGUGAAACCGUAGGUUACUUCGUAGUCUGGAUUUGGUCCAGAGAUUACUCAGUCAGUUGGAAAGUGAGGAGCACGAUUUAGGAUAAGAGCCCUAGAAGUACAGAAAGAAGAAACCGCCACCUGGUUGGAUCUCUGUGCUCAAAGGAAGAGAGACUGCAAUUUUCUCCCUAAUGCACAUAAUGACAUGUCAGAAUUAACUGUCUGUGUCAUGUUUCCAUUUUCACUUUCCCUGUCCUCUUUUCACUUUCUAAGAAUCAAGUUCUAGUCAAGCCCCGUUAGGCUUAAUAUUAAAAGUAUGGUUCUUGAAAGAGGUUUGAUAACAGUUGGAAGCUUUCUGGUGGGUUUCCCCCCCCUCCCUCUGGAUUCUUUUGUGAUGCUUCCAGAAGGCUGAGACAAACCCCAAGAUGGGCUAUUCAAGUCACACAAUUAAAAGCUGGAAUGGGCUUUCUCUGCACUCUUGUUCUCAAUGUGCACUUCGAUGACUGUUGCCUUGGGGAAACAGCAGUGCAGCCAAUAAUUGAAAUGUUGCAAUCCAUGAAUGUAUUUCUUGUGUCUAUUUCUUUUCAGAAGCAGAGGGGAACUCAAAUUAUAUAUUACUUCCAAGGUGCCUAUGGUGGUGGCAGGCAGAGGGUGUCUUGUAAAUUACCAAGACUGCAGUCAGCUCCUUGGUUGCAUCCCUGAAAUAAGGGGUCAAGCAGGCUUUGGCUUCAUUAUAAUCUUAGUAGGUAGCUCAGUAGUUUUUCUCAGAGGAAUAAGUCUGCUUUUACUUCAUAUUUACUUGUACAGCAGAACAUCAGAGAUUGCACUUGUGAACCUACCUGGGGUAAACAUGAAGCUGCCUUUUUGUUGAAGUGUUGACUGCAGCCAUUCAUGAGUAAGCUUCUCCUGUAUAACCACGUUAUGAAUCAGCUUUUAUAUAUAAGCUAUUUUUUGUCUGCUCACUUGAAAAUUAAGAUGCAGUUACACUUAACCUUGCAUGGGAGAGAUGGGUGCAUUGCUGAUGUGGAUGUACACAUCUAGACAACAGCAUGCAUCAAAAUAGUUGCCUAUGCUUUUGUAAAUAUGUCUUUUGAUAGGUACAAUUACACUUAGGUCUUUUGCAAUUAAAAAGUUUUGGCUGACAUUGGAUUGGGACUAGGUACUUAGAUUAACUUUGUGCUAUAUUUCUGUUUUGCUGUUUGCAAGCAUUGUUUUCUGUAAGAAUUGGCACAUUGGCAUUCAAAUGGGUGUUUAUAAUAAUACUUACGGUCAUGCCAUGGUUGUCAGGGCCUAUGGCAAGAAGCUCCUAUAGAAGUAUAUUCACUGGUCUCUGGUUAUAUUUUUAUAUGUCAAAGGUUUUCCUAAUGUUGCUUCACUUUGCCAUUGAAGCUCGUGGCAAAAUCGCCAAAUCUCCUACAACCUUGUGGCUUUUUUAAAAAAAAAAAACAAUCCCUAGGAUCACUAUUUCAGUCCCAGGGGUUUGAAACUUGGGUGGGUAAGUAUGAAUAAUUGUACACGAUCUAAAAAUUGCUCUUGAAAUCCUGCAGCGCAUAUCAGUAAUUACAGCACCCACAGGAAUAGGCUAAAUCCCUUGAUAUUUAAACUAUUGCUGUGUCUGGAAGCAGUGAGAACAGCUUUCCAGAACAAGGUUGCUCCCCUCGGUCUCCCACUGUGUCCUUGCCAGUUGUACAAUGAAUUUAUUUUUAAGCCUUGGUCUUUGAUUUUGAUCACCAAUUCUGUUGUCACUACAACAACUGCAUUCCCUAAGACAGUGCAGCACUAUGGCCUCUAGAACCAACAGGCAUAGCUGAUUUCCAUUCCUGGUUACAAACUUCCGAGCUGAACUUUUCAGUGGUUGAUAACCAGCCUAUACAGUUAUUAUUUUAACUUUUUAAAGUCCUUGGAUGGGUGCAUCACUAAAUUAAAUCCAGCUAGGCUGAGAUUUUCAAAACGGUCCUAUUUAUUGCACCAAGUCGAAUGCAUUUUAAAGGAAAAAAAUAAGUAAGUUCUUAUUUUAACAGAUCGCCCCCAAUUGUUUGCCUGUUAUUUUUCUUAUACAGCAGUAUCUUGCUGUGUUCAUUAUUUGGGACCUGUUUUGAGCCAGAUUAGAAGUUCUUUUCAAGGGGAAUCUCUGGAUGGUACAUUAAUUCCAUUUAAUUUUCAGCUAUACAAUAUGUUCCUAGUUCUAUUAUCUGCAAAGCUGCAAUGCAUUCACACUCUGUAACAGACUGAGAAGUCUGAAAAAUCAGCACUUUAGUUUAAAUUCUGUUUAAAAGGUUGCUUUAUCUCAGCAUAUUCUAACUUUUAAAAUAUAACUUUAACAGCACUGUACUGGAAUUUAAAGAAAUUAACAGAUACAGUGGCAAGUUUUAACUAUUUUUCUGAAUCUUUAUGUUUGUAAUCAAGCUUCAUCUUUCAUUCUUAGGUCUUCAUCUGCAUAUAUUGUAUGUUCAAAGUGUUGUGAGGAUCGCUAGAAAAAUAUUUUAAGUAUUUUGACUGUUCUGGGUAUGUUUGACCGUUAAGAAUUGUUAUAGUUUGAAUUCUUCUUUUCAUUUUGGGUUUGCAUUAAGUUGAACAGAAUAAAAUUAUCUGUAUGCAAUGAGAAAGACCAUUUGGGGAGGGGAAAUUUUUUGGAGAUAUCACCAAGCAAAUUAGGCUAAGACUAUGACACAAACAGUUAAUUUUUAAUUUUUCCCAAUUGAAAAAAAAUGGAAAAAAUAAUGUUGAUGUUGGCCACUGACUUUUCAAAAUUACAGAAGCGUAUUUUUUUUAGCAGCAGGGUGGAGAUCAUGCUGCUUAUAUCUGUUAACCUAUAAUGAGAGAAUUUGAAUGAUUUGGUAAUGUUGAAAUGAAAGUUCAUCUUGCACUAGUAAUGUACACAAUCCAUUUUAAGUGAAUUUCUGUUAUGUGCUAUGCAGUUGUUGUGAUUGAAAAUAUUACAGGUUUGGCUGAGCUGAUUGGAAUUUCUGGAAAUUGUAUUUAUAAGCUUUAGGAAGUUUGAAGUUAAUUUAUUAGAGAUUAUUGUUUUUUCCUUAUUACCCAUUUUAACAUUAAUUGUGUGACUUAUCAUGGGCAAUCAUGGUUUCUAAAAUCAAGAAAUCAUUGGUUCCCCAAUAGGCUCUUCCUAGGAAAUUGGGAAAAGGCUUGUAAGGAGAUUGGUCUGCUAUUCAACUAUACAGUUUUGAAAGAUUUGAUCAAGUCUACCAUGUAGACUACCUAGAGCUAAGUGAUUAGCUAUAUGUCUUGCACGUAAAGUGGAUUAUAUUCAGUUCUCAGUAUUUUCCAGCUAAAAGGUUUUCAGAUUACAAAGCUUGGGAAAGAAAGAAUUCCUUGAAAUUUGAUGGAGCACAUUUGGAAAACAUAUUGUGACUACGUGAGGGAAUUUUCUAGUUCAGACCUUGACAGAGAUUUACAACAUUAAUUCAUGGAGCCCAAACUAUUUCUGAAUCCAUUGAAAACUUCUUGCUCAUCUCUAGCUUGGAUAGAUACAGUAGUGCAAUGUUUUCUUUAAAUAGCAAUUCCUGUUAUCUCCAAACCAGCAAGACAUUUACCCAUAUUGGCUGGGGAUGAUAGGAAUGACAAUCCCAGAAACCUGAACAAUGCCAGAUCAAAAAUUGGGAUUGGUUGAGGAGCCUCACCUAAAUUAAAUUAGAAGUAGAACUCACCAAGUAUAUUAAAAUGUAAUUAGCAUAUCUGUGUGUCUCAACAUAUUAUUUGUUAUUACUGCAGUGGUAUAAUAUGGAUAAAAACUAAUUUGUUUCAAUCUUAGUAAAGAUGGAAAUGAUACUUAAUUGCUUUCUGAUGAGGAGACACGGAAGAGAUAAUGUGACUUCUUCCACUAGUUUCAGAUGAGCUGGCCUCAGUAAUAGUUGUGGCUUAUAUUUAAAGUUUUGCCGUGCUUAGUUUAUCUUUCUGCCUUGAAGUGACUGAAAAUAUAGUAGCCAUCUUUGUUCAGCAAAGUUCUGCAUCAUCUUUUCCACUCCACGUCUUGUGCAGAGUUUAAGAAUCUUGCAUAUUUGUUUUCCAUCAUUUGUAUCACUUGAAGAAAUAGCACGGCUGACAUUUGCAGCAGCUCGGAGGCUCAGUUUAUAUCUGUCACUUUUAACAAAUUAGAUUUGCCUCUAGGACUGUGGUCUCUCUGCACCAUUCUUCUAUGAUUAUUUACAUAAUCAUCUGUAGUACAGUUCUCUGUAAAAUCUGAUUGUGACCAGCAGAAGGCCAAUGUAGAAGUGCUCUAGUUCAGGGGUCUCCAACCUUUGCAACUUUAAGACUUGAGGACUUCAAUUCCCAAAAGGAAAUUUUGGGAGUUGAAGUCUACAAGUCUUAAAGUUGCAAGGUUGGAGACCUCUGCUGUAGUUUACCCCAUUUCCCUGAAAGUGUAAAAGAGAAUUAGCAGGGAAUGUGUGCUGUAUUUUUGCUUCUUUACAUCUGUGGUGCUUUAUUUUUCCACUGGAAUUAAAGAACUAGUCUGUACUUGUCCAGAUGCAAGUUGUUCUAUUUCUUGAAAGACCAAGUCUUGUGAAAGCUUCACUAUAGAACAGAAUCUCAGAAAAGACUUCUCGUUUUAUUUUACCUCAUAUCGGCCUGGAAGAUUGGUCAAGAUUUUAACUGCAAGGAAAAUAUCCUGUUUUUAUAAAUGCUGAUUUUUCUGAGACCUAUUCAAUAGAAUUAAAAUGGAAGAGAUAUCAUUUCAAUAUUUCCCACAUUGAGAGAUGGUACAUUUUUUUGAAAAAGGGAGAGGGGUUGCUUACCUCCAGGGGCUUUUUGAUGCAUAUCUUAGGGCAUAUCUUAUAAAAGAAGGGAUGAGAUGGGUGGUCCUAAAUCAUUGUUCUUCAAACUUGACCUCUUUGCAUCAUGUGGUUAAAAGCAACCUAUAGUAAAAAAAAAAAAAAGUUCAUUGUGGCAGGUGUGAAGAAGGAUUCUGGGCAGUCAUUUGAUCCCCCUGCCUGUGAUUUGAAUGCCUGAAUUUCCAUUCCUCUCACAGUGUUAGCAACAAUUGGCAUACCAUACUUGAAGCUGAAGCCUUCAACAAUUUCAUACGCGGUAAACUGCCAUCAAAAUGAUUUGUCCUUACUGCAUUGGUACAAGUUUACAUAAUGUGAUAUUUCUGGGAAAUGGAAGUUGAGCAGAGACAUAAUUCAAGACAGUUAUUAGAGGGAAGUAACAAAAUAUUGAUUGAAAUUCCUUGCUCAAAACCCAUCUUUAAAUUCUUUCCAAGAGUAAUUGCCUCUCUAUGUCCCUGUGUAAAACCCAAGCAACAAUUGCCCUUAGACUCUAGUUUAUGCUUAUUUGGAUUCCUUUCCCUCAAGUGGAGCCUCCAGCAAACCAAAACUCAAAAAUGAAUUACCCCAGUCUCCAUCAGCUGACCUAUAGGCUACUCUUCCCAUAAAUGUUGAUAUUCCCCAACUAUCCAUUGGGCAAUUAAACUGUUGACCAGACUUUUCUGAAAUACAGAGUGGAUUAUGUUCUGCCAAGCAAAAGCCAGAAAUGAGCAUCUGGGGGAAGAGGAAAGAUCUGGCGUAAGAAUCUGAAUCACUCUCCAUGGGAACAUAAAGAGGCAAACCAAAACCUCCUUUCAUCAUACAAUUAGCCAAAGGAUCCAAAAACCUUUUCAUACAGUAAAUGCACUCUUUUUUUUGGACUACAGGAAAACACAUAGUCCAGUCUGAAGGGCAUCAGGUUGAGAUAGGCUGCCCUGUCAGUAUCACAGAAUUUCCCUUGAAAUCAUUAUUCCCCUUUUUUUCAGGUACUGCAAAGGCAAUUUCACAUUAAAUGAAGGCACUUAGAGAGCUCCUCCACUAUAUGGAAGAAGGACUCUCACUUAUGUGGAUAUUGUUUUUAUAUAUCAUUGAAAUAAUAUUUUUGAGAUUAAGUUUACAUUUGUUUUUAUUUUUUUCUGUACAUACAGUAAAUACAUUUUCCUGUUUUACCAUUGCUAGAGUUAACUCUCUACAGUCUGCGGACAAUUUGCUAGAAAAGCUGUGAGAUACUAUACUCUCUUCUCAUCCCCUUUUGUGUGUGUUCAUAUUCAUAAUGUUUACUAUCUUUCUUUUUAAUAAGUUGACAUACUGUUGUUUUGGCACAACAAAGCCUAAAGUCUUCUGAAUGGAUUUUUAUGUUUCUGACAAUGAACAAACCAGUGAAGGAAUUCACAUAUGUAUAUGAUAUAUGUAUAUGUAAAAAAAAAUAGAAAAGAAAUAAACCAAAUGUAUUUCAACUGCUGAAGCUAAACAGUGCUUAUUUGGAAUCAC